AUGGAUGACAACCGCAUCAUCGCGAACGACCUUAUCUACGUCAGGCAGGACGCCGUCAAGGCUCUGUUCAAGCGUGGGGUCCGCUCAGCCGACUUCCGACUUCUCUACAACGUCGACGACAGUAUCGCCGCUCUGGCCACAUACAGGAAUGUGAGGAUCGAGGUCGAGCCUCUUAUCGAAGAUGUCUUGCGUGCCGCUCAGGUUCUUCCAAACAGCUCCAUCUUACCGCGCGCCAAUGCGGGCCCUUGGGUCCCGCGCAUGGUUAAGAAGACCGACCUUGAAGCCGUCAUCGCGAACGCGAUGAACUCACAGACCACCAGAGCCAUGACGGAUGUCUUCGACUGGGACUUUCCGGACCGCACCAUCGAGGUACUCACGCUUUGGCACACGGGUGAGAAGUACCGCCUGCGCUCCAUCGGCCGGGCCCUCCUUGAGGAUGAGCGCGCCGCUCGCUACUCCGACGAUAGAGACAUCGGCUUCGCCAUCGACCCUAAGAUGCCCGAACGUGCGCUCCUGAAACACAGCGCUCUCAGUGUCCUUCGUCCAAGCUGGCUUCAUGCCCAUGAGGUGCGCGGCACUAACGGCUUCGCUCUCUUGCACCCCAUGCCCAUCUUCGUCCGCGGUGAACGCUGGCAGCACGUUCGCACCGGCCCUAACAACGAAAUCACCGUCCACGACCAGCUUGCCCAGCUCGUCCUCUACUACGUCGAUGACAUGGACCGUAGCUACCUCGAUGAGGAGCGCCGCCGCGGCAUGAACGCCUAUCUCUCUGCCAGGCAGGACGUUCUGUCCGACAUCAACUCCGACAUCGGUCUUGAAGGCAUGGAUGGCGACGAGUGGGAGGAGAUCGAGAGCCACAACAACGACAGCAGCAGUCUCCUCAAGCCACCCGCCGCUCGCAAGGCGGGCGCCAGCUGGCACGACGCCGUGUCCAGCGCCGCCAUCUCCGUCUUCGUCGAGGAGAUCCAGCACCCGGACGCGACCUCGGUCAUCGCCCGCGAGUCCUGGGACGAGCUGAACCAGCGCCUCCAAGAGUGUCGCGGCAUCCCCGCCGUGCUCGACGGGCCCCGCGUCAAGAAGCUGAUCCACCCGGACCUCCUGGACCCGCAGAAGCGCGACGCCAUCGACUUCGCCGACGGCGACACCGUCCGCAAGUACAACCGCUGGGUCGUCGACUUCCUGAGCGGCCACGGCGUCGCGUUCGACGCGAAGAUGACGGUGCCUGAACGCAAGUCGCUGGCGCGCCUGUCGGCCAUGCCCAUCCCCGUCGACACGUACAACGCCGUCCCCGCCGCGCUCGGCCUGUCGCCCCUCGAGAGCAAGCUCGUCGCCACCCUCCGCAAGCACCCCGAGGAGGUCGCCGCCAUGUUCACCGGCAGCAUGACCGACAAGAGCCUGCUGGAGGACGCCGUCGCCCUGGCCGAGUGCCGCGCGCUGUCCUGGGACGAGAUGGCGGUCCAGUUCAACUCGCUCUGGCAUGGUGCUGUUACGGACUCCGAUGAGAAGCACUUUGGACUCGCGAUCAGGCCGGAGAUGGACGUCGAGGCGAUCAAGAACAGUGUGAAGGCCGGUGAGGCCAUUGCCUAA